AUGGCGAACAAAUUAACAAGUACUCAACGUAACGAAUUAAAAGAAGCUUUUGAUGUAUUUGAUACGGAUGGUUCAGGUAAAGUUUCUGCAUCAGAAUUAGGUCAAAUACUUCAAGCAUUAAAUAUAAAAUUCAAUGAUAAUCAAUUAAAACAAUUAGUUCAAAAUAUGGAUUCAAAUGGAAGUGGAGAGAUUGAAUUUGAUGAAUUUGCUUGUGUAAUGGCAGAAACAUUUUUUAAGAAAUAUUCUAAUGAUGAAUUACGUGUUGCAUUUCAACAAUUUGAUCGAGAUGGUUCAGGUUAUAUACAAGCAGAUGAACUUGAAAAUAUUAUGCAAAAAAUGGGACGACGUUUUAAUAAAGAUGAAAUUGAUGCAAUGAUUACAUCAUUAGAUAAAACUGGAGAUGGAAAAAUAGGAUUUGAUGAAUUCGUUCAAUUAUUUCAAUAG